AUGGCGGGACGCGAGGAGGCCGAGCCGGGCGCCUCGAGCCCGAGCCGGAGUCCGAUCUGCGCCCAGGGGUUCAUAGGCGCCGCGGCGCUGUGGGUCGCGGCGACGUUGUUCGCACUGCCCGGGCCGAGAGCGCGGCCACCCACGCACUGGGUCGUGACGGAGGACGGACGCAUUCAGCAGCAGGUGGAUUCCCAGUUGAACUUGAAGCACCCCCAUGAUCUCGUGUUGUUCAUGCGCCAGGAGGCGCGGCUGGAGGCCCUCAAGGAGCUCGAGCUGGUUCUUAUGGAGCAUAAAAUUCACAUCGAGGAGAAUGAAGACAAGGACACGCGCCUGGAGGAGCGGCACUAUGCCGAGGAGCCGGCCUGCACACAUGCCCGCGUCCCCCUCGGUGACCUGGAUCUCUAUCAUGGCACCUACAUCGCCCUUGAGACCAAGAACAUCCGGCCAGAAGAUCACAUAGAUGUAAAGCACAAGCCAAGUGGUGACUUACUGAGUCCGGACUGCAUGCGUAUCCUGGAGCUCGCCUACAGCAUACACGCGUUUCAGCACCUGCGGGGUGUGCAGGAGAGAGGAAAUCUGAGUGCUCCAUUGCUGUCCCCAGAGGAUCCUGUAUUCCAAGCAUUGCCGCUUCAUGGGACCGGCAGCCUCGAUGAACUGGGGCAUCUGAUUCACCUGGCGUUGCAGCAGAACAAGACAUCCUGGGUGCUUUACAACAUGGCCUCUUACUACUGGCGUCUCAAGAACAGUCCCACGCAAGUGGCCGAGUGUGCUAUGAGAGCCCUGCACCUGUCCCCCAGGCCACACCAUGACGUGGCGCUGGUGAACCUUGCCAGCGUGCUGCACCGAGCCCACUACUCGGCUGAUGCCGCCGUGCUGCUGCAUGCUGCGCUACCCAUCUCCAGCGAUCCGGCCACAGUUCACUACACCCUGGGCAACGUCUAUGCCAUGCUGGGAGAGUACAACCACUCGGUGCUCUUCUACGAGCAGGCGCUCGUGCUGCGGCCCGAGCUGGAGGCUGCGGGGAGGAGGCGCCACGCUGUUCUUUGCCAGCAGGGACUUGAGCGCAAGCUGGAGGCUCAGCACAGGUCCCUGCAGCAGACGUUGAGUGAGCUGAAGGAGUACCAGCGGCAGCACGAGCAGUACGUGCACCUGCAGGAGCAAGUGGAGCGGCACAAAGUCCCGGCUGACCAACAGCUGCUUCACACGAUCCUGCACGAGGCUCAUCUAGCCCGCGACACUCACUCCGGUAACAGUCAGGUGUGUCGGUGGAGCCAGCAACAGAAGCUGCUGGUUUGUCAGUGGGAUCAGCCGGUGCGGUACACGAAAGGGGAGGGAGAAGAUGGCAUCGAGCGCGUGCAGUUUGGGGAAGAGGAGCCAGGAGCUGGCACCACAGCCCUGCCCAGCAGAGCAGAUUCUCUGUCUGGUGAGGGCCUCGUCUCUUCACGGCCCCACCACCACACAGGACCUCGAGCCAGGAGCCACCACAACCUGCCGGCCAGUGUACAGGGUUUCCUUUGGCCCCAGAGGAAGCAGUGUCUUCAUACUUUUCCCACAACUUCACCUGCUUCAGUUCCACCGAUAUUUUCUUUUCUUCUGGACACCAUGGGAAUGAACCUGACUCAGAUGUUGGAGGAUGUCAUGAACUCUCCUGAAAAGCCACGGUGUGCUAUGGCACACAGCACGCAAUCAGCGCAACCGGAAAUGCCUGGAGAGACUGCUCACAGAGCAUGCUGCCUCAAGCCGGAGCCCAGGCAUUUCCAGCCCGGCAGCUCAGAAACCUCCGUCACCCACGGCGGUAUAGCCACUGAGAGAAGAGAGCCGUUAAUUCAGCAGGUCAGAUUCUCGCACAGCUCUCGGCCACCCGUUCUUCCUUUUGCUUGUCCUCGCCAAUCCCCUCCCUCACCACUCUCCUCCCUCCCAAUUUUCCUCCCAUAG